UUCGUUCGGCCACGCUUUUGGGGAUCUUACUAUUGCAAUCCACGAGUUUUCAUAACAGAAGCACCUGUCGCGUGUUUUUGAAUUCUCCUUCGUCUACAUAAUUCAACGAUUCAAGUGUAACGAUUCAAUUAAAUGUAACAAGGCGUAGAUGGAUUGUAAUUUAUAUUUUGGAUCACGCAACAGUGUUGCAUUGCGUCAUGGAAUGUCCAUGUUGGGUGUGCCACUGCUAGCUUAGCUAUUAGUAAGAACGAAUAUUGAAUUUUCAUCGCUGUGGAACUUGAGGAAUCGAAGUUUCGGUGAAUUCGAGAUUGAUUGACAUGCAGUUAUUCACGAUAUUACGAAAUUCGGUGAAACGGGAUCACCGAGUACUUGUCAAAGUCACGAGCGGAGGUGGUCAUUCUGUAUUCGAUAAUCUCGAAGUCCAGCUAAGGUUUUCUCAUGGGGCAAAUAUGGUAAUGGAAGCAAAACAUUUCCCAUGACAAGGAAGGACAAGUGAUACGUUUACGUAUCAACGACAAAUGCUUUCUAUACCGUUUCGCUGACUGUCCCCUUCCCUCACUCUUCCUCUCUUUCUUUCUCGUCGACUCACAUUCAGGAAUAUUAAAUUUUUCCCCACGUUCUCAACACUACCUCAAGACUUUAGAUUUUGGGGGUCAGUACACAGCUUUUCCGACUCCACUUUGGGUAUAUAUAGCCGAAAUUAGAUCGACCAGGCAUACAAUCGCCAGUCAUAGCGAGUACUGUUCAGUUCAGCAGCUCUAAGGGGAUCACCAUGAAAUUCUUCAUUGUUUUGUCUGCAGUAGCAGCGGUGGCGCUCGCCAAGCCCCAUCUUUUGUUGGAGCCUGCGCAUUCGCUAGCGCACGUUGGUGCCCCACUGUUCUACGCAGCUCCCAGCGUUCACGUGAAGCUCGUGCCUGGUGCACCCCUCGGUUACGACGGACGUGUAGUUGACACUCCGGAAGUGGUUCAUGCCAAAGUCGAACACCAAGCUGCUCACGCCAACGAGAAAAUCGCCCUUGCCCACGAAGCUGCCAAAUCUGCCGAGCACGAUUCCCAUCAUUACGCCCACGUCGUGCAUGCCGCCCCGGCCGUACUCGCCUCGUACCAGUCCAACGCGUACGCUAGCGUGCCGGUGGCUACGAGCCACGUUUCCAGCGAAGCUUCUUAUCACGCAGCUCUUCCCGUUCACCAGGUCGUAGCACCGGUUGCUUACGCCAAGAUCGUGCCUGCCGCACCCCUCGGCGCUGACGGACGCGUCGUCGACACUCCCGAAGUCGCUCACGCCAAAGCCGCACACGCCGCUGCUCACGCACACGAAAAACUCAGUCACUCUCACGAGGAUUCCCACUAUUCUCAUUACGAAGUGCCCCAUGUUCAACUCGUUGCUUCUUACCCAAGCAAUUCUUACGCUUAUCACUAUUAAGUAGCUUCCGCAACCUACGCCAAAUGAUCUGCUUUGAGGACGCCUGAUAUGUAUCCGUCUUACGGACCCAAAAAAAUAUAAAAUAACUAUUGCCAUGA